AUUUCCAAUUUAUCAAAAAAAUGAAAUUUCUAUUUCGAGAUAUUUUGAGGUUUGCCGACCAAUUUUCACAAACUAAGUAACCUAAAGUAACUGAAAAACAUUUUCAUUACCGUACUUAAACGUACUAAAAUAAUUAUUUGAUGUCAGUAACUUUCCACUGAAAUGAAUAUUGUGAAUAGUAGCAAAUAAAAUUAUUUUGUAACAAUUGUAUCUUACGAUGCGAGUGAUCGUAAAUGUUUGGUUGUACCAAUGUCCUUUUACGAUUUGCUAUGUUAGCGAGGAUCUCUUCGUUGUACCAGAGGAGAGAAUAUACAAAUCUUUAGGUUUAAAGACUGGAGACUGUUGUGAGAUAGGAAUGGACGCUGAUAAUGUCAAGAAAAAUUUAUUAAAAUUGAAAAUAGAUGCAACUUUUUUGCUGCCAUUCGUGAAAGCCUGCAUGGGUUCAGAUGUCUUCCGAAAAAAUUUAUCAUACAACUUAAACAGCAUCUGCGGGUUCCCAAGGCACGGGACCGUAGUCCUCAAGUUAAUACUUGAACCACCAGAUAAAGAAAUCAUUGAUUACGCUUGGAAUGAAAGGAUCGUUAGAUUAGUUUGGAUGAGACUAGAAAUAGAAAAUGCCUUUUCUUGGUUAUCUACUUUAGGUGGUGCUUACUCUGCCUUAGGAGAUUAUUUUGAAGACUGUGCAGAAGAAGCAGGCAGAAUAUCUAUAAGACAAUACAAACUAUCGAAAAUGUUAGGAGACGAAAGCUUAGCGGCCCGGAGUAGACUAUAUUCAGCACUGUCAUACUCGCAGAAAGGACACCUACAUUUAUCAAGGCAUAUAGUACGCAAUGUAGCCGAGUUCGCUAGAAUAACGAAUGAUAAACGUUUGUUCAGAAUGUGCCAGGGAGUUUGGGCGAAAUUAAAAUAUUUAAAGUCACUAAAGAAACAGGGUAAACACCAUGUGAAUGGUAAGAUUAGUGCGUAACAUGAAUUUUUUAAAUUUUCUAGUUUGCAUCUGAUGAAAUUGUAGAAAGUUUUGAAAAUUUGUUUUCUUCUUUUCUUCUGUAUCUCGUUUCUUUGUAGUCCAUGGAUAUUUUUAGAACUUCUAUUAUUACCUACGUUUUAACCCUUUGACUGCGAUGUGGGUCAUCGGUGCCCUAAGUCGAUUUCUGUUACUAAAGCGCCCAAAUAUCUAGUAGACUCUCGGAAAAACGAAUCCGAAGAUACUAAGUAUGAAUUAUAUUUCUAAGAGACCCAAAAAUACUGAAACACAUUAAAAACAAAAGAAGGCAAAGUUAUAACAGAAAUCGAUAUCAUUACUUGAGUGGGCCACGUGGGACACCGGUGACCCACAUGACAGUCAUAGGGUUAAUGCAGCAACUACGUCAUUCACAAUUUUUACCAUAUACUUAUAUGGAUUUGAAAAAUAAUCAAAUUUUAGAAAAAAUGUCUACAUUUUAUAUUAACAAUUAUUGGGUAAAUAUUUUAAGAUUAUUUUAAAAUACAAUCAGAGAAACCAGUGUCUAUUACAAUUCAAUAAACAAUUUGAUUUUUAAAAUAAAUAAUAAAUUAUGUGGGAAUAAUAGGGUAUUUGAUUGAAUUAAAGAUAUAUAGAACUAUAUAAACUAUUCUGAGAGGUUGUAAAUUGAAUGUUGUAUACUUUCAGCAAAAGUGUACCUUAUUUAUAACUCUCAACAAAUAUAUAUUGUAUAUUUCCCGUAUUCCUGUAUGUAAUUUAUUAUGAAACUAAAUAUCUUCUAUCUCCUUCUUCUGUAUAUCUAUAUAUAUAAAAAUGAAUUGCUGUUCGUUAGUCUCGCUAAAACUCGAGAACGGCUGGACCGAUUUAGGUAAUUUAGGUCUUGAAUUAUUCGUGGAAGUCCAGAGAAGGUUUAAAAGGUGAAUAAAUAUGAAAAUGCUCGGAAUGAUAUAAAAAUAACAAUUUUGUUUUUCUUUCGAUAUGUCCCCCGUCGGACGGAUUCCUUUUGUUUGUUUUAAGUUUAUUUUAUAAAAAGAUUAGGUCUUUUAUUUAUCGAUUGAGGCAAUACGAAACCUGCCUGGUCAACUAGUCAUCGAUAUAAAUCAAUUAAGACCAUAGUUAUCUAAACUGUCUGGUGAUGUCACAAAUCAUAGUUUAGCUGUUAACCAUAGUUCAUUAAUGACUAACAACAUUAUUCCUGCUCAGAAGUGAUUUUAGUAUAUUAAACAUAAUGAAAAAAUUGGUACACAUUUAUUGCAUGUUUUAAUUGUGAAAACUUACCAUCUUUUUUUAAAAUUAUAUAGGUACUGAAUAUGUAAGAAAUCGUAAGUUAAAUACUUCAAUGAAAAAUUUGGAAUUAUUUCCAUAAAACAGUCAAAUAUCCUAUAUAUCGAAUUUAAGCAAAAAAAUGAUAAUAGAACUAUCAAUAAUAAUGUUCUAUAGGACGUAAUGGAAAUUUGGUGCUCAAAAAUGAAAACAUUAAAUAUGGAUUUUCUUUGAAUAUAAUUUAAAGGAAGAUAAAAAAGGUAAAGAAAACAUCUGAUUUUAAAAUAGUCAAUUUUGUAUUUCAGCCGUUUUUAUGUUUGUUCCGCGACUUCUUUUUUUUAAGUAUGGCAAUUGGAUUAUUGUGACGCCACGCCACUGUAGCCACUGUCAAGCUUAUAAAAAUAUAAAUUUUUUAAGUAAAUACAUCUUCUGUUAUUUGAAAAAUGCCAUAUUCAUCUUGGCUUUCAUCUUUCCACAUUUGUGCACUACCACAGAUUAUAAACAGCUACUACCGAUAAUACACAUUUUAAUCUGAACAAACACUAAAUAAAACAAUUCAAGCAACUUCGCGCCAAAACCGCUCGCCACGCACUUAAAUAACAAUAUUCGUAAAAACAAACACGAUAAAAACCGUCACAGGCAAUUAAUUAAUGUACUACAGUCGUAUACAAUUCAUAUACAAUGUCUAUAUAAAACAUGGAGCUUUAUUCUGCCAAUUUUCAACGAAUUGUUCUCGCAACGACUUAAAGUUUGCGUGAAACGAAAUCUUCCCUUUAAAACGGGGACCAACACGUAGGUACCACAUUCUAAAUUUAUUUUAUAGCAAACACUCAAAGCACUUAUGAAACUACAGCAGGCUUAUGGUAGGCAGCGGCUUGGCUCUGCCCCUGGCGUUGCUGACGUCCAUGAGCGACGGUGACCACUUACCAUCAGGUGGGCCGCAUGCUCGUCUGCCUACAAAGGCAAUAAAAAAAAAGCAGGAGUUGAAAUCUACCGUUGUAAGAUCAUUUUAGGUUAAGGAUUAGCGUAAUAUUUUUAAUAGUUGUCACGGAGUAAACUUGCUAUAGUUAAAACUAGCCUCACGAUUGACCACGGUCCACUAGUGGUUCUUGGAUUGUCCAUGUAGAAUAUUAUAACACCAAAUUGCCUAUGAAUUUCAUUUAUUCAUGGCUGUUGUAUAUUCCAGAAAUGCACAGUAGUAUGGAAUAUAUCAACUUUUUUAAAUACGUAAUUUGGGUACUACCUGAGAAUUUUUUUUUGUUCCUAAUAGAUCUACUAUGAGGUGUUUCAGGAUUUGGGACACCCUGUGUAACUCAAUAUCAUCCUAGAUGUCACUUAAACCAAAUAGCAUUUCACCCCUCGAUGAGGUGACAACGAAUAACACUGGACUUAAACCGUUUUUUUUUUCUUACCUAAGCUGGUACCCUUGAGAGGCUAUUCCAGCGUAACCUUAACUAGUAGGUGAGCUCACGGGGCUCAAACCUGACGACGUUGCUAACACGAACCCUAGCAAGAGCCGUGCUUCGCAGAAUCUACCACCGGAUCGGAAACGCGACCCACUGAGAAGAUCCUGCGAGAAACUCAGUGGGCUGUGUCUGAGGGUUAAUGGUGACCGGUGCUUGAAGUACCUAAAAGCACCGUUAGUGGAUCGGUAGGAUCCGAAAUGACGUGUUUUGGGCGACGUCGACUGCUUUCCAUUCUUUCCGCAGGAUCGGGAAUGUAGUUACCGGCGGCCACGAUGAGAGUGUUUUCGUGUCGUGCCGCUUUAUCGAAGUGGGGACUUACACCGUAAAAGUAUAGUUUUGAUAAUUUUUGGUUGUGUCUGCGAUACGCGAAAAUUUCAGUGGUUUACUCCGGGAUCGCUAUUAGUAAAUAUGAAAAUCGGGAGCUUUGGGCUCGAUUAUCCAGUUACACAAUAAAAAAAGGGUUCCUGCAUUUUUUUAAUAUCGCAUUGCUCAUGUUCAGCAUUCAAAUCUAAUCUAAAUUCUCUAAAAUGUGAAUUGGGACGUUUUUCAUAUCAUAUUAUAAAAUAAGAACCAUAUAAUUCGUAUGGUUUAAUAGGGUAGACAAUCAAUGAAUGUCUGGUGACGUGAGCUUGUCCAUCAAUCUACACUAAUGAAAAAAAAUGGAAGAGACACAAUUUUGUAGUAGUCCAGUUGGGCGAUAAUUAGUAUGGAUGAUAGAAGUAAGGGCGCCAUCUCUGUGUAUUAGAAAGUGUCCGUUGAAAGGGAGAAAAUUAAGAUGGCGCCACUGUAGCAAGUGGAAAGAUUUUAAAAAUAACGCCAUAAACUAUACUUCACUCUGUUUAAAACUGCUUCAUAUCUAUUUAUCUAUCUAUAUAUGAGUCGACUAUUAUCAAAGCCGGCAAUGUGACUUUUGGACAAUUAUUGGUAAAUUAGAAAAACGAAUUAUUGACUUUGUAUUCCAUUGGCAGUCACAAAACUCUUCUGAACGACAUCUUAGAUAAAUAACAGGAUAAGUAUUAACCUUUAUUUAAUGCAGGUUUUGAACCGUAUUCUUUGAAGGAGACGAUUAUAUUCAAAUCAAUCUGUAUUGACAUAUCAAUAACAUUUUUUUGUCCAAAUGCACAGAUUGCCACCUUUGAUACUAGACGACUCAUAUAUAAAAAUGAAUUGCUGUUCGUUAGUCUCGCUAAAACUCGAGAACGGCUGGACCGAUUUGGCUAAUUUUGGUCUUGAAUUAUUUGUGGAAGUCCAGAGAAGGUUUAAAAGGUAGAUAAAUAUGAAAAUGCUCGGAAUUAAAUAAAAAUAACAAUUUUGUUUUUUCUUUGAUGUGUCCGCCAUCGGGCGGAUCCCUUUUGUUUUAAGUUUAUUUUAUACAAAAGUUAGGUAAUUUAUUUAUCGAUUGAGGCACUACGAAGUCUGUCGGGUCAGCUAGUGAUUCAUAUGAUUUCCAUUUUCUACACUAGCGGUAUUUCGGCGAGUCUUCCAGCAAUAACUUACAGGUGGACACUUCAAUUUGCCCUCUAUAAAAGAUGUUCCUCCUUACCUCUACCCUCCAUGGGGAUAAGUAAAACAUCACAGAUUCUCUAAAUACGCACUUGUUUAUUUUGUAUUCCACAAAUUGUUUAUUGAAAUCACAAGAAAAAUAUUAUUAUGUACCUACAUUGUCGUUAAUCCAAAUGUGAUUUAUUUGUUAAUUUGUUGGUGCUGUAAAUAAAUCAUUUUUCGAAAUAAA